AUGUUUGCAACAGUCAAAGAAACUAUGCGAAGCUCUCGCAAGAACAUAUAUAUUUUAGAACAUGCUCUAUCGGUGAUCUUAAUAUUGCACGCCAGCUCAUGCUUGUGGUACUCGACACAUAAAGUGCAGUUUAAUAUUAAAGAAUGGUACAAACUAGGUUACCCGGAUCAUGUCAAUGCAAAUAAACUGCAAUUCAACCGAGAUUGUGGUGAAGCAUUUAUGCGUCAAAUAUCUUUGCUAAUGAGACACGAAAUAUAUCUGACCGGCCAACAAGUUUGGUGCCAGGGUGUAGUCAAAAAUGGAAUGAUUUGGAUUAAGAAGGGCGUUCUUGAGUUGUUAUCAGAUGAAGACGAUGAAAGUCCAAUGGUAUCUUUUAAAGAGGGUACCAGCUCUUGGAUGGCUCAAUUAAUUCACUGGGAAACAAAAGUUUUCGUUACGAAUGACGCUAAACAUGAAAAGCCAUUGCGAACUUCAUUGUCAUUCGGAACGUCCAUUUUCACGGGUAACGGAACGUCCGAUUUAGCACCAGGAAUGAGAGAUCUAAUUUUGGUCAUCUGUUUAUUUGUCGCCGGUUGCUAUUUGAGCUGCUUUUAUAUGUCCAAAAUUUGUAGUGUGUACUUAUUAUUGACACAGAGAAAGUUAAAAUUCAAGGAGUCAAUGAGGGAACUAUUUUACUUCUUAUCUGUUAACCACGUUAGUGGUAAAAUCAAGGCCCGUGUGAAGAAAUUUUUCUGUGUGCAAUGGUAUUACAACAAUGCGGUGUCAGCAGAGGAGAUUUUCAAAGACAUAUCUCCAAAUCUAAAACAAGAAAUAUUGUCUUUAGAAAUGGUGGAGACAUUGCAAUUCAGCAUUAUAUUUCAACAAUCGGCGUCGUGUUCGGAAGUAUCCAUUUACGCCAGCAGAAGUGUGGACUUGCUUGUUAUACCGAGCCAAACUUUCUUCAACCUAAUAAAAUUCUACCCCAAAAUACAAGAACCUCUAAGGAAGGCAUUCGAAGUGUCCAAAGAUUACAUUUUGCCAAUUACAAUGGAUACAGGCAGCGAUGACGAGUCUUCGGAAGACUCUGAAUUCGAUUUACAAUCGCAAGAUUCGGCUGUAGAUUCCAGAAGCGGCUCCAGUCGAUUUGAACUCCCACGUAAA